UUUUUGAUUAGGAUUGUGUAUGUUGCAGUCGAAGAAGUGGUUGAAGAAACGCGUGAAGAGAAAACAUAUCGCAAUUGGAUGAACAGUAUGGGUGUUAGUCCUUACGUGAACUAUUUGUACGGUGAUCUUACAAAUGGAUGUAUCAUAUUCCAGUUAUACGAUAUCAUUCGACCGGGUAUGGUGAACUGGAAGCGUGUAGUGACAAAAUUCUCGAAACUUAAAGGAAUGAUGGAUCAAAUCCAGAACUGUAACUAUGCGGUUGAAUUGGGCAAACAGUUACGCUUCUCUUUGGUUGGCAUUCAAGGCAAAGAUAUUUACGAUAGUAAUCAGACAUUGACGCUUGCACUCGUAUGGCAGUUAAUGCGCGCCUAUACGUUAACAAUUCUCGCUCACUGCACUCAAAGUGGUGACACACUUGCAACUGAUAAGGAGAUCAUCGCAUGGGCUAAUAAGAAGCUAGCGGAGAGUCAAAAGAAGGCAUCGAUUAGAGGUUUCCAAGACCCAGUGAUUUCGAACGCACGCGUUGUGCUCGACUUGAUUGAUGCGAUUAAACCAGGCACCAUCAAUUAUGAACUUGUGAAGACUGAAUUCAAACAUACUUUUCCAUAUCUGAUUACUUCCCGAAAAAAAUCCGAUCCUCUGUACGUCCUUGUUGGAUAUCAUCAAAUGUCCGUAGCGUUACCUGUCUAA